ACCAAACAAAGAAACAAGCCAGUUCCAUGGCCCGUGAUAAAUCCCCACGGUGAUAAAGGCAGAUGAAGCCGCCACACUCGCCAGAAGCUUCAUCAAUCAUCUUUCCCGUUAUCAUCUUGAUCUCAUUACUCAAAUCCCCAUCACACAAACACACUAAUGCAAGCUGCACUGGCAUCCAUGGCUGCCCACUCACUCAUUCUCUCUUCUCCUCACUUCUGCCCAAAUCCUCACAACCCACCUCCUCCUCUCCUCCGCUCGUUCUCCUUCCUCCACGGUGCCUCCCUCAAGCUCUCUCGCCAAUCUCCGACCCUCUCACUUUCCGCCAAACCACUCACUGUCUUCGCCGCCACUAGGAAAGCCGUAGCCGUCCUCAAGGGCAACUCAAAUGUCGAAGGCGUUGUUACGUUGACCCAGGAAGACGAUGGUCCCACAACUGUCAAUGUACGUAUUACUGGGCUUACUCCGGGGCCUCAUGGGUUUCACCUUCAUGAGUAUGGUGACACAACAAAUGGAUGCAUCUCAACAGGAGCACAUUUCAACCCUAACAAUCUGACACAUGGUGCUCCUGAGGAUGAAAUCCGUCAUGCGGGUGACCUGGGAAACAUAGUUGCCAAUGCCGAUGGGGUGGCAGAGGCAACAAUUGUGGAUGGCCAGAUACCAUUAGGUGGUCCUAAUGCAGUUAUUGGUAGAGCCCUCGUGGUUCAUGAGCUUGAGGAUGACCUUGGAAAGGGUGGACAUGAACUUAGUCUGACCACUGGCAAUGCAGGUGGAAGAUUGGCAUGUGGUGUGGUCGGUUUGACUCCAGUGUAAUGGCAACUGUUGUUUUAAGAGCAAUCUGCUCUGCGGUAUUGGCUUCUUGCCUUAACCAGUUUUGCAUCUAGAGCAAAAUGUUUGAAAUCCUAAAAGCCUAGUACGGUGGAGAUAGAUGGUGUUUUUCAUAAUAGUUGCAGAUUUCAUGGUGUCUAUAAAACGUUAUGUAUUCGGUAAAUUGAGUGAUCAUGCCAUGUGAAUGGGGGAAAUUGUUACGUGUUCCCCCUGUCAAAACAUGGAACUGAUACUAGAGUUUUUAUUCUUAAUGGUAUGAAUAGUAUGGGCAUAUCACAAUGUCUGCUAUUUGUUUGCUA